GUUGGUGGGGACUGAUCCUCGAGCCGCGCGUGCGCGGAGCGUGCCCUGCUGUUCCUCUCCCCCCUCGCGUAUUCGGAGCGCCCUAGUCGAGCGCGCACGCAACCACCUGUGCGCGCGAGUGUCAAGUGGCACGCACGAACGAGUGUGAGCGUAGGGACGCCGCCUCCGCCUCCGCCUCGGGAGCAGGAGCUGCGCCGUUGAGGCGCAAAAACGUGAGGGAAGGUCGCCGCUCCGUUCUUUCGCUUGCCACUGUAGGCAGCCUUCGGCAGCGGCGGUAGCUCCCGGAGGACCGUCCGGAGUCCGGGCUAUGACCUGCCUCCCAAGCUACCUGAGUGGCGGCAAUCCCGGUGCCACCCUCCGCGCCUUGCUCAAAUCUUUACGGCGGCAACCGCCGUCAAGGAGGCAGCUCACAGUCCCGCGCGUCCGCUUGGCUGAGCCCGCGGCUUCUUUCGCUGCCGCCGCCACAGCUGGGCUCCCCCUGCGUUGUCCGGCACCGGCGGGAGAAGGGUCUCCUCCGUCGCCGCCCUCCUUUCCCCUUCCCUCUCCUCCUCCUUCGCGGCGGUGCCUCGGCUCCGGCGGCCGCCCGAACUGGUCCUCCAAGGCCGGCAGCGGCUUCCGCCCAUCCCGGGUGGUGGUGGUGGCCAAGACGACCCGUUACGAGUUCGAGCAGCAGCGGUACCGCUACGCUGGGCUCUCCGAAGAGGAUCUCAAGCAGCUGCUUGCAUUAAAAGGAUCUAAUUAUAGUGGUCUAUUAGAGCGGCAUCGGAUUCAUACAAAAAAUGUGGAACAUAUUGUAAAUAGUUUAAGAAAUGAGAAGAUUGAAGUUCAGCUCGUAAAACGAAGAGACUAUGAUGAAGAGACUGUCCGGUGGGCAGAUGCUGUUAUAGCAGCAGGAGGUGAUGGAACAAUGCUUCUGGCGGCCAGUAAGGUCCUGGAUCAAUUAAAACCUGUUAUUGGAAUAAAUACAGAUCCAGAUAGAUCUGAGGGCCAUUUGUGUUUACCUGUACGAUAUACGCACUCAUUUCCAGAUGCUUUGCAGAAACUUUAUAGUGGUGAAUUCAGAUGGCAAUGGAGGCAACGAAUCCGGUUGUACCUUGAAGGAACCGGUGUUAACCCAGUCCCUGUAGAUUUACAUGAACAGCAACUGAGUCAAGAACAGCAUAGUAGGGCCCAUGUUAAUGGAAGAUUUCAGGAUCAAAGAUCUCAGAUUUCUGAACCACACCUCUUGCCUGUAAGAUCAUUAAAUGAAGUCUUUAUCGGAGAGUCUCUCUCAUCCAGGGUGAACUAUAAGUCCUGCAAACCCAGUUUUAAAUUCUCCCUUCAUAGGGCUUCUUAUUAUGAAAUAUCAGUUGAUGAUGGUCCAUGGGAGAAACAAAAGAGCUCAGGUCUCAAUAUAUGCACUGGAACUGGAUCAAAAGCUUGGUCUUUUAAUAUCAACAAAAUAGCAAAUCAGGCGGUGGAAGAAAUUCUUAAGAUUGCUAAAAGUUAUGAGAGUUUAAAGCUUCCAUUGAACAAGGAACUAAUACAAAAAGUAACAAAUGGAUAUAAUGAAUCACUGCUCUAUAGUCCAGAGGAACCCAGGUUGUUUUUUAGUAUACGAGAACCCAUUUCAAACCGUGUUUUUUCAAGUAGUCGGCAACGAGGCUUUGCUUCAAAAGUUUGCAUACGCUCUCGUUGUUGGGAUGCCUGUAUGGUAGUAGAUGGAGGAACUUCAUUUGAAUUUAAUGAUGGAGCAAUAGCAUCAAUAUUAAUCAAUACAGAAGAUGCACUGCGUACUGUUUUGCUAGAAGACUGAAGACAUCAUUGAGAGUAUUCCAAAGUCUUCACAAAUAAAUGAGCUACAUCAAUUCAAAUGUGAAAAUAGCUCUUUACAGCUAUUUGGGAAACAAAGAUUGAAAUGACUUUUUAUCCCUUCUGAAUGAGAAACUCCUGGAAAAAUCAGUGUUUUGCCAUUUAUUGCAUCUUGUAAUAUGAAAUAUAAUUGGUUUAUUCCUCAGACCAACAAAGUUAUUAGCCCUUAAAAACUUGAUUCCACAGAAAUGAAGGUGGAGUCAAAUACAGUUGGUAUUAAUAUCAAACUGUAAACUUCAAUGGAAAUAGUGUACUACUGAUUCAGCAAAAUACCUUGGAACUCCCUCAGUUUUUAAAGCAAAUAAUAUCAAAGUUAAUCUAAAGAUGUUUGGUCAUACUUCAGUGUGAUAGCCAAGAAGUUUUAAUAAUACUUUUGUAUUCAGAAAGAACUUUAAUUUUUUAAAUUCCGCAUGUUUGAAAUAGAAUUCAUUACUGUCUCCUAUUAUAGUCUAAUGUUCAUACUUCUGCUAUAAACCAUGUUUCUAUUUACCAUUGCAUUUCUCAUAUCAUAUUGAACUGGCUACUGAAUUCCAAAUAUUCCCCCAUCCCAUAUGAGCACCAAGCAUGUAAACUUAAUUGGAAUUAACUUCAUACUGAAAAAUCCAGAGCUUUGUUUAAUUGGGCUCUAGAACAGACUCAAAGCAUGUGGCUCCUCUUGUGUUCCUGAGAAACCCUGCCCCAAGGCCUUGUGGAGCUUUGGAUAGGCCUACCACAAGCGGAAAUAAAGAUACCUCUGUGUGUUGGCCAGCUUAAUUGUUUGUUCUACUCCCAAGGACAGGUGCUCCAUUAAGUAGGUUCCUAAGAUCGCAAAAAUACACAAUAUCAUUCCUUUAAAAAUUUAACUGUGCAUUUGUGUUAGGAGUACAAUAAUCUUUACCUAUCCAGUGCAGAAAUAUUCAUGCAUAUUGAAAAUGACUUCUUUUCGCAGUCUGUAAAGCAUAUGCAUGAAUAGUUUCAAGGUAAGGGAGCAUUUUGUUGACAGUAUGUGUAUGAAACCCAAUAUUAUACAAACAAGUCCAACAGUAUUUUUCCACUCAGGGAUAGAAUCUUCUCCUUUGCAUUCCUCCCAAAUCAUUUCUAAAAGUUUCCCCUAGUUCUGAAGAACUUUGUGCCUGGGAGGUGCAGAAUGGAGAGAUUUAUUGGACUCUUUCCUAGUUCUAUCUGUAGAAACUGUUUAUCUUACAGAAUUGAAUUCCCCUCCUAACUUUUUACUUGACAGAUUACAGAAGUAUGACCACUGCCAACCUCCUCUCCUUCGUUAAUUUCAGGUAGCUACUAUAUGCAGAAGUCUUUGCAAAGAUAGUAUUCAGCAGUAUUUUAGUUUACAUUAAUUAAAGCAGGAUAUUUUGCAGAUUAGCUGCCACAAAAAAGAAUCAUUCUUGCUGGUUUUAAUGACAUUUCGAAAAUAUCACAGAAUGCAUUAGCUCAGGGGUCUUCAAAUUUGGCCCUUUUAUGAUUUGUGAACUUAACUCCCAGAAUUUCUCAGGCACGCUGGCUGAGGAAUUCUGGAAGUUGAAGUCCACAAGUCAUAAAAGGGCCAAGUUUGAAGACCCCUACAUUAGCUGCUUAUAUUUGAAAUGAUAAUUAACCUGCAGUCUGAGAUCCUAAAUGAUGAGUUGUUUUUCUAAUUACAAAGUAUUGUAAAUUGUAUCUUCAGGGCUUAAUGUGAAGAGUCAAGAAAAUGGAAAAUCAGUUUUGCAAUUGAUCACAAGCCCUUUAGAAGACAAAGGAACAAUGGAAAAAAGAACACUGAAAUAUACAUGUCAGGCUUUUAUCAUGGAAAGCUUCUAAGCCUUUCAGUGAAAGUGUGAGAUCUGUUUACAUGUCUGUGAUGUUAGCUAUUGGGAAGCUGAAAUGAAUGGACUUUGUUUCAAGGAAAUAUUUUUAAAACAUGAGUGAGAUAAAACCAGGAUGGAUACGCUCUGUAAUUGUUAGUUUAAAGUUAAGGAAGUUGUAAAAUGGGUUCAUUGUACUCACUGUUUGUUUUGUGAUCUUCAAAUUCUAAAGUUGACAUUGUUAAUUUGUGAGUACGGGCAGUUUUAACAUGAAUAUGUUUUUCUUCUUCCCCAGCAUGCUGAACUCUCUGUGUCUAAGUCUUGAUUCUCUCUGGUGGGUUUCCCAACUUUUCUAGAUCAGUGGAAGCAUGUGGAAUGUUGAGGCCAUGCCAACAUCUGCCUUGGAUUGUGACUGUUCCCAAAAUGCCUGCCUUGACAACCUUAGUCUGUCAUUUACAAGAAGGCAAACUGAUGAAGAUGCAUUCAUGUGGAGGUGUGUAGACAUUUCUAAAGAAACACUUGGCUGCAAUUGCACAUUUCCCAGAUUGCUUUUGUGACGACUCUGUGCAGCUAAGAGUAUGUAAAGAUGACACUCUUUGCUUUGCAACUUUUCUUGCUGUCUCUUUUAUUUAAAAAAAAAAGCCAGAAUUAAGUGCUAAGGAGAUGCUGAUGGCAAACUCUUGGUAGGACUUACUAAAUAUCUGAAUGGUACUGUGUUCUCAUCACAAAUGAAUCAUCAUGUUGAAAAUUCAUGUCGCAUUUUCUUAAAUUAUGCCAGUGAAGGGUUAAAAAUAGCACUUUUGUCCGUUAGAUAAAAAGACAAUAAAAAGGUGCAAGGAGAAUGAAGUGAUUGAAAUGAUGUGAUCUAAAAUUUGAAUUGUACUUGCUAUUUUCUAUUUUCUUUUUAAAGAAAAAGCAGAGGAUAUCAUAGAGGGCUUUUUGAGUCCUGCCACAUUAAAAAAACCUUAGUGUUCUUAUCAUCUGGCUCAUGCCAUCUGGGUCAAGAAUUGACUUUUUAAGGGGAAUACAAAAUCCACACUAAAUGUCAAACCUGCCUGAUAUCCCAUCAGUGACUAUACCACAAAUGUGCCUCCAGGGCUUCAUAUUAGCUGUCCCCCCUACUGGCCAGUCAGGCAGCAGUGAGAAUGGCUUGUGGACUGCAGGCAAUCAGCAUUCAGAUUCAGUACAUUUUGAAAAGGUCACCUUUUGUUUUCAGUCACAUUUUGAGAGGAUAAAAAUGUUUCUGUAUUUGCACAUAAUGCCUUGCCAAGGAAAGGUGCUUGUGCGCUAUAGAAAAUCUUCUCCUGACCCUCAACUUGCUGACAUUCUGGACCUUCCUAAUGAUGCAAUUAAAUGUACCAAAUGUGCUUUUUUUUAAAAUGAGCAUCUAAGAAAUAAUUGAGUGACAAACUAUAGAUUUUCUGGUUAUGAUAACAGAAAUGAGAAUAGGCUGAAAACAAGAGUCUUUAAAACAAUUAUUCUAUCUUAAGAACAUGCCUUUAAACCAAAAUUUCUAAAAAAGCAAAUAUUGCUAUGUCAAAAUAUUGUAUGUCCACAAAUUAAACUCAAUACAACUAUGCCUUUUCCCAAAAUUGUUUUAUUUAAAAUAAUGUAUGCUGUGAUUAGUAAAUUAAUAAAUGUAUUUUUCUUGC